AUGACACCGGAAACCAUCCAAUUGGUCGACAAGGCUAUCAGAGAGACUCUAGCCGCCGCCAUGAGCUCGAAGCCUCAUGAUAUUGAUCCUCGAAAGCCUUUGCAUGCAUCAGGUGGUAAGUUAAUCGACUAUGGCCAGUUGAUUCACUUAAAGCUGUGGGAUUUCGAAAUUGCGUUCUCACUCCAUGGACAACUCCACGAUGAACGGUCCUUCUUGAUAAAGGUCAUUUCGAGAGAACUGGGUCAUGAAUAUGACCAGGGGUACGCACUUCUUCCUCUGGAGUUUCCAGAAGUGAUUGACGAUAUGCCUGACACUCAAAAGUUUGCCGCUCUUUCGUCAAAGCUGCACCAGAAAAACGCAUCGCCUACUGGCAGUUUCGGUUUUCACGUAACCAUCUAUGCAGGAAACCUCACCCAGUUCGUGGCUUCGGAGGAUAGCUGGGAGACAUUCUUCGCCAAGACCAUGAGACAGGCACUUGGCCUGGAGAUUGAAAGGGAAGGGCCUAGUGAGGAGCUCGAUGUACUGUCUCGUUCUCUGUUUGAAAGGGUCAUACCGAGCCCGUUGACAAGGUGGUCACAUAUGAAUGUGUCGGAGAUCUGA